GCGCGGGGAAUGUGGGAAGGAGGAGAAGAUGGCAGGAAGAACAAGAUGGCAAGUAGGAGGAGGAGGAAAAGAUGGCAACAGGAGGAAGAUGGUAAGGACCUGGAGUAGUAGGAGAAGGAGAGGGGAAGAGGGGGAGGAAGAAGAUGGCAUGGCAAGGUUGUGUGUGUAUGUGUGAGGAGGAGGAAGGAAGAACAUGGCAAGGAGAAAGAGGAGGCAUAGAGGAGCCGGAGGAACGCGGGGGGAACAUGGGGGGGAAGGAAGGGGGGAAGGAAGAGCGGAAGGCGAGGGGCGGGGGAUUCGGGGAAGAAGAGCCUCAGGGGGAAGAACGCGGGGACGCAGAUGGGAUGAAACGCGGGACGGAAGGGAGAGAGAAGGCGCGGGGAAUGUGGGAAGGAGGAGAAGAUGGCAGGAAAAACAAGAUGACAAGUAGGAGGAGGAGGAGAAGAUGGCAGGAGGAGGAAGAUGGUAAGGAGCUGGAGUAUGUUAUGCAAGAAUUGCAUGACAACGACAAUGAGGAGGAGGAAUCGAGCGACGACGAGGACGAGGAGGAGGAAUCGAGCGACGACGAGGACGAGGAGGAGGAGUCGAGCGACGGCGAUGUCGAGGAAUUGAGCGAGGAUGAGGAUUCAGAAGACACAGACUCUGACGAGGAUGAAGUAAAGGAUGAGUCAGAAAUUGAUGUCGACAUGUUCAAGAAGAGUCUAUCUGGAUAACUUUUAGGAGAAGCGAAGCAGACAUUAGCACAGGAUGUAGGAAGACGAUUGUACAACAAAUCAAGCAAGAGUGA